AUGGUAGAUGUGAUAACAAAAAACGAGGCGGAAGAAUUUGAAGAUGGCGAAUUGCCAGAAGACGGUGAAAUAUGCGACGAUGAGGAUGAGGAACAAAUAAAUACUCAAGGUAUGGACAAAAAACUAAAACUUUGAAAACAGCUCAAAAACCCCACAAAAAGAUUUUCCAUGAAUUUUAAAUCUAAAAACUUCCCUCUCAAAAUUUGACUGCGUAUCUAUCUAAAGUUGGCUGAGUAUCAAAUCCCCAAUUUUCUUUAGUGUCCAAGCAAUCACCACUUCCGCAUUCUUCAACAUCCGAAGCUACCGUAUCGUCAUCCGGAUCUCAACGCGAAAAUCGAGAGCGCGAACGUGGAGAUCGCGAGAGAGAACGUGAAAAGGAGAGAGAUAGAGAAAGAGAGAGAAAUGGUCGGGAUAGACGAAAUCGACGGUCUGAUGAACAGGUGAGAGAGUGAGAGACGCAGAGAAAAAUUAAAUGUGAUAAAAUUAAGGUACAUCGAGAUUUGGAUCCUUUUGGACCGGGAAAAGAAGAGAUGGAUUAUGAGGGAAAUGAUAAUGGAACUGGAGGUUACGGUAAUCAAAGCGCUGCUGGACCCGAAGAAUAUAAUGACGUGGAUUAUAGAGUUAAUCGAAGGUAUGAUUUUGAACUGAAACUGGACUGGAAAAUCUUGAAAAAUUCUGAAAAUUGCUGAAUUUCCAGCCAAAUUUUGAGAUUUUGUUGAAAUUUUAUAUCGAAAUGAUCAGGACCUGAAAAUCCCCAAGUUUUCAGCCAGAUCUCAUGAUUUAGCUGAAAAUUUGUGAAAUUUCAGAUUUUUCAAGUCCUGGGGAUCAAUUUGAUGCUGAAUUCAAUAGAAUUUCAAAUUUUUCAUGAAAUUUUAUGUCAAAAUGUUUCCCGAGGCCUGAAAAAUCUGAAAACUCGCAAGUUUCCAGCCAAAUCUCAGGAUUUUGCUGAAAUUUUGUGAAGUUUGAGAUUUUUCAGGUCCUGGGGAACAUUUUGAUGCAUAAUUCAACAGAAUUUCAAGUUUUUCAUUAAAUUUUAUAUAAAAAUGUUUCUGAUGACCUGAAAAAUCAGAAAACUCGCAAAUUUUCAGCCAAAUCUCAUGAUUUAGCUAAAAAUUUGGGAAAUUUCAGAUUUUUCAGGUCCUGGGGAACAUUUUGAUGCAAAAUUCAACAGAAUUUUUCAUGAAAUUUUAUAUCACAAUGUUCACAAGUAUCUGAAAAAUUAGUAAAAUUCAGCUGAAAAUCAGGGAUUAGAAAAAAUUUCCCAAAAAAUUCCAAAUUUUUCAGGUCCCAGAGAAUAUUUUGAUGCACAAUACUAUUGAAAUAUUUAGAAAAAAAAAUCGAAAUUGUUUUUGUCAACAUUUUUAAAAUGAAAAAAUCUAUUUGAAAAUUUUUAUAAGUAUUUCAAAACGUGAUCUACUUCAAAAAUUCUCAUUUUUCCAAAAAAAUUCCAAAUUUUCCAGACGUCGCCACUCUCCAAUGGCGGCCUCCUCUUCCUCCGCCGACUCCCCACCACACUAUUCCCAAUAUCCCGCCAAACGUCCCGCUCCCCACCACAACUCCUACUACAAUUCCCGGCCAGCCAGUUAUCGCGGUGGACUGGGAGGUGCGGGCGCCCAUCCAAGCACCCGCUACCCACCACAAACCACUCCACGCUUCAACACCGAGAAACAAAUCUGCAAAUUUUUCCGGGAAGGAUAUUGUCGAGACGGCGAUCGAUGUUGUUAUUCACAUAAUACCGAAGAUUCGUUGAGACGCCCGAUUUUAUGCAAUUUUUAUGCGAAUAGUUAUUGUAAGAAGGGACUUCAGUGUCUAAUGUUACAUGGAGAAUAUCCUUGCAAAUCAUUCAAUCAAAAUAAUGGAGUUUGUGAUAAUUUGGAACAAUGCAAGUAUUCUCAUCUUCCAUUGACUGAAUAUACUCGACCACUUUAUGAGGCUAGCCUUUCUGAAGAUCAUCCAUUAUCCCAUCCACCUUAUCGACCACUUCCACCGCCUCCACCAAAUCCAGCGGCAAUGGCACCAAUGCCUUCGAGAAGGAAGGUGUUGUUACCGGGAGGACCGGCGAAUCUGCAGGCUUCACCUCCUUCUGCGAUACAUGCGGCGAUUCCGCAAUCAAUUAAUGGUGGACAACUUCCACCACCUUCAAUUGUUGUGCCGACGAAAUAUCCGACCACUGGAUUUUUCAAUUCUGGAUUGCCGCCGGUUAGAAAUAUCGAGCCGCCAAGGCCGGUGAUUUCGGAGAUUUUGCAGCCACAACCGAUGCCCGUGCAGCCGAAACCGCAACAGGCUUUUAAUAUUGAGGUGCGUUUUUUGGAAGAUCAUAUAAAAACUGUUGAAAAUCCUGAAAUUUGGUUGAAAAUUCAUGAAUUUUCAGACCCUAGGAAACAUUUUGAUAUAAAAUUUCAUAAAAAUCUGAAAAUUUAAAAAAUUUUUAUAUCAAAAUUUUCCCCAAGGCCUGAAAAAUUUGAAAAUUCAUAAAUUUUCAGCCGAAUUCAGGAUUCUGCUGAAAAUUUAGGGAUUUUCAGAUUUUUCAGGUCCCAGGGAACAUUUUGAUGUAAAAUUUCAUGAAAAUCUGCAAAUUCUAACAAUUUUUAUAUCAAAUUAUUCCCCAAGACCUAAAAAACCCGGAAAUCCCCGAAUUUCAGAAUUCAGUUGAAAAUUUAGGGAUUUUGAGAUUUUUUCAGGUCCUAUGGAAUUAUUUGAUAUGAAAAUUCAAACAAAUCUGAAAAUUUCAACAAUUUUUAUAUCAAAAUAUUCCCCGAGACCUGAAAAAUCUGAAAUUCAUAAAUUCUCAGCUCAGAAGUUUGCUAAAACUUUGUGAAUUUUCAUAUUUUUCAGAUCCUUGUGAACAUUUUGAAAUAAAAUUUCAUGAAAAUCUAAAAAUUUCAACAAUUUUUAUAUCCAAUUAUUCCCCAAGACUUGCAAAACCUGAAAAUUUCAAUUUUCUAUAAGAAAGAGAAAAUUGCUCACAUUUUUUGGAUAAUUAAUUUAGUUAAAAAAUCUGGUUAAUUUUUACAAAAUUAAGAAAUGCCAAAUGAAUUUUAAAAAUAAAAAACCUCCCAUCAAAAUUUCAAAGGUCACGUUUCCCUUCCAAAUUAUUUUCGAAUUUUUAUUUUCAUUUCCAAAAUCACAAAUUUUGCAGGACAUGCUCAACAAAUUAGCCAGUGGCAGUUCUCUAACCGAAGAUGAUUCUCCAGCUUCUCCACCUCCACUUUUCCCACCAGUUUCCUCAACUUCUUCAAUAUCAAUUCUACCAACAUCGUCUUUUUCAACUUCAAAUCGUCUAGUCACCUGGCGACUUAUCAAAUGUAUCCGCCCUGCAGCUUAUUCCGGAGUUGAAAAUAUCGAAUUACUCGCUUCGAAUGAUCCGCGGAAAGCUCGCGCACUUUCCGCACAAUUUGACGCGUUUUCAAAUCGACUUUGCUCUUCGAAUUCGAACUCUUCUGCUGGCGGGGAUCCAAGACUUCCGCAAAGUUUGAUGAAAAAAAUUGACGAAAAUGUGACGUCAUCAUGGAUGCCGCAAAUGUCUUGA